CACACUGUUGGUAAGCUUCAAAGCCAAGGAUAACGCCAGUCGGCGUGUGGCUUUCCCGCAAUGUCUGCCAAUGAGCUGCCAGUAAAUAGUGGCUGUGCGGGGCCAUCCAACUCGGGAUCAGUCCCCAAUCUGCUCUCUCGUGUACUGUAUCAACUGAUCACCGAGUAGGAUGCACUGGAUUCGUCUCGUAUUGAUUGUUGCGGUCUCCGUGGUUGCUGUCAGCAAUGAGAUUUCCGCCAAUGCGAAUGAGGUCACCGAGACAACUACAACGAAAUCGACUUUGAUGCAUGACGCAGUUCCCAGCCUUCACGAAGCUACUCGGGAGCUGUCCGACGACGAUGCUGCUUUAGAGGAAAGAAGAGGGGGCGGAGGAGGCGGUGGUGGAGGCGGCCAAGGAGUUGGAGGUGGAGCAGGCCAUAUUACCACAGGAGGAAUAGAAGGGGGCGACUCAACAACAACAACAGGAGGCGGCGGCAUAAGUAGACCCAACACGAGCAUUGGGCUCAUGAAUACGAAUGGUGUCACGAGUCACAAAGAGAAAAAAUGCAAUCGGUUCUUCAACUGGUGGAGGCGUCUCUUCGACAAAAGCAUUCCAAAGUGCCCGAAGAAAACCAAAGAAGACAAGCGCAGACUUCGAGUAUAGCCAGAAAGCCAUUAUAAAUAAUAAAGAAGU